AUGGACGAAAAUUGUUAUCUCCCUGAUGGACCUGGUGGAUCUAGGAAAACAUUCAUUUAUACAACCUUAUGGUAUUUGUUAAAAUCUAAAAAUAAAAAAGUUUUUACUACGGCAUUUAUAGGAAUUGCUGCAACAUUACUCUCAAAUAGGAAGACUGUUCAUAAAACUUUUGGUUUACCUGUACCUCUUUCUUCUGACUCAUCAUCUAACAUUAAAAAUAAUUCUAAACAAAGUAAUUAUUUAAAUAGUAUUAAUGUCUUUAUAUGGGACGGAGCACCAGUGUCGCCAAAAUAUGCUUUUGAAGUAACAGAUCGAACUUUGUGUCAUAUAAUAGAUGACAAUCUACCAUUUGGUGGAAUGAUAUUCAUUUUAGGAGGAGACUUUCGACAACUAUUGCCUGUAAAAAAAUCAACAAGAAGUAAAUUAGUGAAUUUAUCCAUUAAACAUAGUUAUCAUUGGCGACAAUUUCAUCAAUUUACGUUAACCGAAAAUAUGCGAACGUUACCUUCAAAAGUUGCAUUUACUAAAUUUCUAAUAAAUAUUGGUGAAGAUAUUUUGAAUAAAUCUCAUAAUAAUUUAGAUCUUUCAGUUGAAUGUAGAAUAUUCAAAUAUGAUAAAAUAAUUGAAAACAUAUGUGAAGAAAUAAUCACAGAUGAAUGUUAUACUUAA